CAACUCGCCCCCCCCCCCCACCUCCUCGACCCCGAUGUCCAAAAACAAGAGUCAGAAGAGCGACGACAAACGAGAUGAAGUCAAGAAAACGCCGAAAAAGAAAAGUUCGCCCACUGAAGCGAAUAAAAGCGGCUCCGACGACAAAGAGAAGGAUUUGUAUCUCGUUCAGAUCCGGUAUUUGAACGAGCAGCUGGAUUGGUACCAGCUGAAAUGCGAGCAGCAAGAGAGGCAGACGCAGGACUUAAGCUCUCGGUACAGCACGCUGCAGAAGGAGAAGGAGGACGUCGUGGACUUCCUGAAACGCUCCGUGCUGGAGAAGGAGGCCGAGGCCGAACAGCUGGAGCAGCAGCUGGAGAGUCGGCGGCGGGUUGCCGAGGACGACGCCGAGGCUCUGCGGCUGCAGCUCGCUCAUCUGAGGACACAACUUCAGGACCGGACGGCGGGCCUGCAGGCAGAAAACGCCUCGCUCGCGGCGAGGCUGGCCGGUCUGGAGGAGUUUCAGAGGCAGAAGGAGCGGCUGACGUCCAACAUGGAGUCUCUGGAGAAGCAGCUGGCCAGUCGGGAGGAGCAGCACAGAGCGGCGCUCCACAGCCUGGAAAUGAAAGCCCUGCUGGAGAAGAAGAGGUUGGAGGAGGAGAUGGAGACCCACGUGGCCUCCUUGGCGGCAGAAGUUCAGCACCUGGUGGACCAGAAGGUCCCGGAGACGACCAGGUCGGCCCUCCAGGAGAACACGGAGGUCAAGGCUCGGCUGGGCCUGCUGUCGCAGCAGACUCUGUCCCUGAUGGGGGAGAACUCGUCCCUGCGGGACCGGAAAACCCGGCUCGGCGUGGACGUGGACAUCCUGGAGCAAAUGCUCAAAGAGACGUCCCGCCAGAGCUGCGUCCGCAAGAAGGUGGUGGAGCAGCUCACAGAGAAGUGUCGCCAGCUGCAGGCGGAGCUGACGGGUCGCAGGCGAGAACUGGAGCAGCUUCAGGCCGAACACGCCGGAGUCCUGGCCGAGACGGAGGCCCUCAGGCGGGACCGGGCCCCCGACAGCAGAGCGGCGCCCAGCCGGCUGGAGGCGGAGCUGCAGGAGGAGAGGAGGAGGAGCAGCAGGAUGAAGAGCGUCAUGCAGGGAGCCGCCGCGGCUCUGAGACGAGCCCUGAUGGAUGCACCAUCAGCUCAGGAGGCGGAGCACUCUGCCGCGCGGUGGAAGCUGCUGAUGGAGAAGCUGCUGGUGGUGCUGGACUCCACCGCCGAGAGGGACCAGCUGGACGAGCCGCUGACCUCCGACCCCUGGGCAGCCAGCGGGGAUCCGGCUCGCGGUCUGCGGUUCCAGUUGGCCCGCUACAGGCCGGGCGACCUGGGCUUCGUGCCCCGGCCAGCGCCGAAGCACCGGCCCGUCGUCUGCAGGGCGGGAGCAGCCGGGUCCGCGGAGUUAAAAAAGAAGCCGUCCAGCUCCGUCAAGCAGGCGGACGCAGCAGUCGGACUUCAGACCUGCGGGAAGCUCCUUACGAGACCCCAAUAACCACCAGCGUCCUCGUCAAGACGCCUUGUCCCACCCGUUUGUACGCCGUCGCCAUCCAGUCCAGCCGCACGUUAGAAAUAAGAAUGAGGACCCAGAGUCUCUCAUGAAUUCAACUUUUGUUUCCGCAUUCCAAAAAAUUCUCACUAAAAGAAGAGUACUAAAACGUGAAUAUGUGGACAAUUUAGAGCUCAUGAAGUUUGGGUUCCUCUUACAUCUUCGGAUUGUGUUUUUUGAUGAGCAAUAAAUGAAAUUGUACCACUCGAGUACUGACGCAUCGACACCAAGUACCAAAAGAGUCACUGCAGCACGGCCCAUUAAAACAAUCAGACAUAUUAUUGGAGUAUUAGUCCUUUGCUUUUUAUGUACGUUAUGACUUAUCAAAUAUGAAUCAUUGUAUUUUAGAGGGUCGUUUCUGAUCAACAGUUUGGAACAAUAUACAUCGAUGUAGAAAUACACAAUUCUGUACUAAACAUUUUCAUGUGGAGGUUUAGGUUUUCAAAAGUCUGUAAUAGUCUAAUAAUAAUUUAACGUGUUUUUUCCUUCAUUGUUUUUAUUGUUGCAUCCAGCAACUUUUAUGAUUUCAAUCAAUAUUUUGUCUAGAAUUAAAUAUUUUGGAUAAGAAAAAAGAAAAAAAAGAAAACCUAAUUUGAAAACUGCAGUUUAAAUUCCCUUAAAUGUGUUUAAAGUUCACACAUCACAGACGCGGUUUGGGUCACCAAUGAAGCAGAGGCACAGAUCUAUAUUCUUUAUUUGUUGUUUAUUGAUAUGAGGCUUUUCCCAUCGGAGGGUGAAAGUGCCUUGAUGAACACUAGAGGACAGAUAUGUUACACAUGAGACGUACAGAAGGAAAAAUGACCACGUAUGUACACUGAAAUACAUAAAUCUGCAUUAAAAACUAUACUUUGAUAAAUAUAUAACUCCGUGGGUCGUUAACUAGCAACAGGAAAUAUUGAAAAUACUGAUUCUUCUCUUUAAAUAGAUACAAAGGAUUUGUAUAAAAGUACAAUUUCUCCAGUUGUAGGACAGCGUUGGUCGAUGCGUUCGUCCACACGACCUCUACGUGCACUGCGGAGCGCUGGACGCGCACGUGUGUGAGGCGAGCGAUAUUUACAGGAAGUACUUCCCAACAUGCGGGUGGAAUAUCCUCC